AUGAUCACCAGUUUACUUAUUAUCGUCCAUUUCCGAGGGAGCUGCAAGGGCGUUUUCCACUCGCCCAAGGAAGUAAUCUCUGAUGGAAUAGCGGAAAUCCCUAUGGCGAGGGAUAUCGCGGAGCAGUUGACGACCCCCGUUCACCUGACCAAUCCUAACCCCAGUUUACCUGUUUUUCCAAUACCUGAAGUUGAAAGUCAAACAGCAACUCUUGAUUUGGCUUCAAGAAGAUUCAGUAGAUCAACUUCGAAAGAUGAUAGAAAACGGAAGAUUUCAUCCGAUCCCGCGCCAGACGUUCGGUGGAAUCCGCCGCCACAAGAACCCCUGAUCUUAUCUGUCGAUGAACCCAGACCUCACCAAGUAGUUAAACUGAUGGGAAUAUUUUUGGGGCCUCAAGUCGUACCAAGCUCUAGUGAAGGUAACGGGAUCGUAGAGCAAUCGAGACUUCAAAUCACAGCUCCUCUUCCAGUGACCAUGAAAGGAAUCAAUUCUGUAAACCAAGACGUAUUGCGGGUUUCGCAAGCACCACUUGGUUCCGCCACUGCCUCAAAUCUUCCCGGGAUUCCUUGCGCCAUCUCAGCGUCGAAUCCUAUUCGGCUCGGUACUCAUGUACUUUCGAUUGAAGAUUCAAGUGCCAACGCUAUAAAGGAAAAUUCUCAAGGCAGGAACCAAGGUCCAAGCGAUUCUAGCAGAUUGACAUUUGAUAAAGAGCUCUUCACAUUCUUUGCACGAUCCAAAAAAAGCUCAAAGCUAUUAUGGAAACUGAAGACGAUAGAAAACCCAAAUCUAAAUUGA